UGUACGUUUUGCCGCGAAAAAUAAAUAUUGCAACUUUUACGUUAUACAUUACGUUUCGGUGAUUGAAUAACAAAAUUGGACAAAACCACUUAUUUGUUUUCAAUAAAUUAACUGACACAAGCAAAACGUUGCGGAGUGUAUUAGCAUUUUUUCAAUUGAUAUAUUUUUUUUAAUACUACAUCAAUAAAUUGAGGUUGUUUUCGUAUAGUUUAGAAGUUGUUUUUAAAUUAAAAAGACUGUUUAUUCAAUGAUUUUCAAAAAAGCUCAAAUGAUAAACAAUUCUUUUUUUCUAUUUUUGAAUUAAUAAUGUGAUUUGAUAACCCUAUAAAAUUAUAAUAAAAUGUGAGAUUCUAUCGGCUUAAACAAUCUUAUAAUGUGAGAGAACCUGAAACAGUUAUGGAAAAUCAUUUAAAAUAUAACAGUAUUAUUGUUAUUUUGAAACAUAAAUAUAAAAUUCAUAAAUGGAAGUGAACUUUUGGGUUUGCCUUUUAGUAGUUCAUACUCAAUUUUCGUUUUAUGGGAAAGGACAGAAAUUGAAAAAUCAAAAUCAUCACGACGCAAAAACAGAUGAUCAAGAUGAAUUAUCACCGGUUCAUCAUCAGCCCCAUAUUAAGGAUUACUUCCUGCCUCCGGUCUUCAAUCACGAUGACGAGGAGGAAGACGAAGAUGAAGGUUACGCUGAUUACGAUUACGAUAAAGGAACGAACUACAAGGAUUCCCCUGAUUUAGUUACAGCUCGCAGUGACACACAAGAAACCGAAGAUAAAAUACCAUUACACACGACGAAAGACAAUCUACCUGUAUUUCUUUUAGAGCCGGAGAAUACGUAUGUGGUUAAAAAUAAACCCGCUAUUUUGAAAUGUCGCGCUGCUAAUGCUUUGGAGGUAUAUUUUAAAUGCAAUGGAAUCAAAACACAAGGUGCGAACUUUGAAUUCGUUGACCCACAAACCGGGGUGCGGAUAAUUGAAGGUGAACAAUCGGUAACUAGAGAGAACAUUGAAGAAUACUUUGGUGGUGAUAAGUAUCAAUGUUCCUGCUUCGCUUGGACCAGUCGAGGACAGAUUAGAAGUCAGCCUGCUACUAUUGAAAUCGCAUACAUAAAGAAGCAAUUCGCUGUAGCGCCGCAAUCGCAACUGGUCAAACAGUACACAUCAGUCAAUUUUCGAUGCGAGCCUCCACCAGCCGCGCCCUUCGCCCAGCUGUACUGGUUGAAGAAUGGUGCUCCCGUUGUUAUUGAUGAUAACGUUCAGGUUUCAACCGACGGAAAUCUUAUCAUUAAGCAAGCUAAUCUGCUGGACAUGGCUAACUACACAUGUGUUGCGGAAAACUUAGCCGGGAAGCGCAUGUCAGAACCGGCUCUGCUGUCAGUAUUCGUUAACGGUGGUUGGAGUACAUGGUCAGCGUGGGUGGACUGUUGUCCAACAAGAGAAGGUCGGACGGGCAGAAAGAGAGAGAGAACUUGUACAGCACCGCGACCUCUAAACGGUGGACAGCCUUGCGUUGGCAACAAUCUACAGAAGACUCAGGAUUGUGUGGAGUGUGAUAUAGAUUUGUAUCUCGAUAAUAUCGACGAGCUGGCUGAUGAAUCACCGAACAUAGUUUUGGGACGUUGGUCGCAAUGGUCAGAUUGGUCGCGAUGUGACUCCGACUGCCUUCAAACUAGGAGACGAAAGUGCCUCACCAGCUCGUGUCUGGGGAAAGACUACCAAGUCGCCCAGUGUCCUCUCUGUGUGCGCACGUCGAAAUCUGAAAGAAUUAAUGACGGUACUCCGUAUUGGCCCCUUUUCGUAGCGUUAUCAAUAGCCUCCCUCGUGUUUAUAGUCGUAGUAAUUCUCGGAAUAAAAUACAUGAAAUUCAAGACGACUGAGACAUCGCCUUACGCCAAACCGCCCACAGGUGGCAAUUAUUUCGGAAACGUUAUAAAAAGGACUUUGACUAAUCAACCAGACCUCACCAUUCACGAGGAGUUCCACACGAUAGAUUCUUCACGGCUCAGGCACGCUAACAUCAUUACUAAUGCACGGCAUGAGCAUUUGUACGAAGUGCCACAGCUAGCUAAUAGUUACAUAGCACCCAUAGACCACGAGGUAAGGAACGACCGGAUCGCUUGCAACAAGGACGCCUCUGAGUCAGACCGCUCUGACUCAAGCUGCUUUUUGAGCUCCGGUUCAUCGUAUAGCCACAGCGUAGAAAUAUCGCCUUCAUUAAAAAACAAUGCAUCGUUAAACUCGAACUACGCAACGAAUCUAGAUACUUCCAAAUCCAAGAUGGUGUCGAGCGACGGCGACUGGUUAAAUCUGGAUAAAACCGGCGUUAGUCUGUUUGUUCCGGACGGCGUUGUUGAUAAAGGAGAGGAACUGUUUUCUGUUGAAGUGUCUGACGAGGAAUGGAAUAGGCCCAUGCUUCAAGACGGCGAAAUCCAAUUGAGUCCGGUCAUCAAAUGCAGUCCUAAGAACUUUCACUUCCGUAAGGGCGUGGUCCUAACGUUUCCUCACUACGCAUCGUUGAGGAACACCAGCUGGCUGCUAUUCAUCCUGCAGCGCCCUGAUGAUCUCCAUACGAGGGAGUGGCGUAAAGUUUUGACUCUAGGCCAAGAGACUCCCGGCACGCCAAUCUUCAGUCAAGUCGAUCCUAACAAAGUGUACAUCGUGGGCGAGUUCUUGAGCGAUUUCGUCCUGGUGGGAAGAAGUUUUGCCGGUUCAGACGCCAAGAACCUAAAACUUGCCUUAUUCAUCUACGAAAUGGACGAGAACUAUCAUCGCCUGAAACUGCACGUCUUCAACGAUACGCCUCACUGUUUGAACGAGUGCUUCAAUCUAGAACGGAGAUUGGGCAGUAAGCUUCUGUGCGAACCGAAGCCCUUCUAUUUCCAGGAAAGCGGCUCAGAUCUGUGCGUUAGUAUUAGAAAUGUAGGCACCGGCUGGAGGGUUCAAACCUCGGGGAAUCACCAGGAACUGUCCCAUCACGAUCUCUGGAAUAUGACUCUAAAAUCGCAUAGCUGCGUUUUUAUACUCCAGCAAACGGAUUCAAUAAACUGCUUGGAAUUAAGCAUGUCAAUAUACCAGAAGCAGAAACAAUUGAAUUCGGUCAAUUUCAAUUUGAAAACGAACGAUAUCAAUUCGAAUUGUAAGAGAUAUAGUUAUUCCAGCGCCGAUACGAUGAACGUUAUCGAGAAUCCGUUUAAUUACGCUUCGCUCACUAGAAACGACUGCAGUUACGAUUUCAUAUUCAAAAACACAUUUAGAUCGAAUUACAGCGUUGACAAUAAUUACAGGAUCAAUGUUUUAACUAAAUCGGAUAGGAUUAUAUUGUGUAAGCUGUUAGAUCCUCAGACGUCUAAAGGAAACGAUUGGAGGUUGUUGGCUGAAAAAUUAAAAAUGUCAUAUUUUUAUUAUUAUUUUUCGAAUACGUGCUCGCCGACUGAGAAUGUUUUGAAUCUGUGGUUGUGCAGGAAUAACGAUGGUGGUAUGUUGGUCGAUCUUUCUCGUAUAUUCAGGGAGAUGGGACGAAUCGACUGUGCUACAGUUGUCGAGCGUAGAUGCUUCUCGAAUUAACGUUUUUCUUUUGUAAGCCCUCAUUUUGUUUAUUGUCGGAGGUAAAACAGUUCGUUGCAUUAAGAGUUUAUUAGGCUUCAGAGACUUCAACGUAAGAUGUAAAGUCGAAGUCACAAUUGCGUAUGAAAACGGCUUUAGUACUCUUCAAAUUGGAACGCAUGAAAUAAGUAGCAUACCUUUUUGUACGAGGCUCACAAUGUGCCUAUUCGUUAGUAGAUUAGUUAGAAUAUCAAUAGCAGAUUUUAAUAAGCAAAGUCUUCUUGGACAGUGUCAAUUGCGAUGUAAUUGUUAACAAUUAAUAAUUAAUUAAAAUGUUAAAUGACACAGGCAGAUUAAUAAAUAAAAAAAUAGCUAAAUACAGAAAGAAGUAAAGUAGUUUUUUUGAAUGUCUUGAAUUUUACCUCAGAAUCCAUAGUGUGAUAAAUAAGGGAUAAAGUUAGCCAUUAUAGUGUUUUUUGGUGCAAUGACAUUCCGAAAAUGACUUUAUAUUUCAUGUAUCUUUCUAUUUGCAAUAGGAGCGGUUCACGAAACAGAAGUGUUUCGUUUCCCUCCUCCGUGCUUCGUAUUCCUCAGUGCGGAGGGUCGUGACCUUUACGGAGCACUUUUGUUAGGACUAUGUUCCUCCAUUCACUCCUGUCCUCCGCGCAUUGGAUAGCGACA